UUUUUCCCUUCCUUCAAUGUGUCAAUGUCGAGCGAUUCGCCACGGCCGCCAGAAGUAGUCGCCGAGACGGAAGCAACAUGUGCUGUACACGCGAUUCCGAGUUGAGUGCGGUUAGGGUUUUUGACGCUCGUGCCGCCGCCGCCGUUACGGCGCUCUCCCGUUAACCACCGCCGGUGAUACUAUUAUUAUUAGACGUGUCCUGACCGUUUUGUUCGUAAGUCUCUCACCGCUUCAGGUUAUUGUAAUUAUCUACAUCGUAUAAUAUUGUGUUUUCGGUUUUGGUUCGUUUUUUUUUUUUUGGUUUCGUUCUCGUCGUAGGAUAAUUGUAAUUUAUAAUAUAUACAAUUUGAAAGAUCCAAAAACUGGCGCAUCGGUACAAGAACGAUUUUUACGGCGGCGUCAUGUUCCCGGGCGGUUGUUGCGACGAUUCCGCGAUCGUACCGUCGUUCAUGUACGCGGGCUGCACGCCUAUGCCGCACGGCGUAACCGGUUUCGCGCCGGUCGUAGACCAUCAUCGUCUCCCAUACGCGUCACAUAUUCAGAAGCAGCAGCACCACCAUACAGACCUGCAGGUGUCGUACCACCAACUCCGUGACUCGGCGAUGCAGCACCUCGAUCACACAAACAUGUGCACCGCGAUUUCGUCGUCUCCGAUCACGCCGCUGGACAACAGUUACCGGUCCAUGUCGUCGUCGCAGUCGUCGCCAAUGUCAUCCUCUUCGUCGAUGUCGCCCAUGUCGUAUGGUCCCGGAUACUCGCCUAAUCAGCUAUCGUACGACUGUCACGGCGUUCCCCCUCAUCCGUCGGCGACCGACUUUCAGCCGCAGUCGCACGACCAAUAUUAUAAUUUUACAACAUACGGAAACAACCAUCCCCCGGCAGUCGGCCUUAACGAUGCUCUGGUGCCGUUGCCCACACAGCCUCCGACCCAAACUUUCCAAAACUACAACAACAACAACUAUUACAAUAACAACAACAACAACAUCAAGUACAACAACAACAACAAUACUUACACCGAUCGCUACAAAUACCUGGACUUGCAGCAGACCGCCGAUAAGCCCACCGGAAACAAUUCCAGCCGAGAGAGUCGAAAUUUGGCAGAAAAAAACCGACGACAAAAGUUGAAUAAAUUUAUCACAGACCUUACAGAACUUGUACCACUAAUAUCAAAUUCUUCUAAAAAAGUAGAAAAAACGAGUGUUCUUAGACUCAGUGCUGCAUUUCUCCGGCUGAAGCGAUUAUUAUUAGGACUAAAAAAAAAUCGUGAGAAACUGCCAGUCUACAUAAACGAGGUUAAUGUGGCUGAUCUUCUGUUGGACGAGAACGAUAUAUACCUCAUGGUCACAUCAGGUGGUAAAAUAGUAUUUGUUUCGCACUCCGUGGAGAAUAUAUUAGGCUAUUCACAGAUCGAUCUCAUGGGCCAAUCACUUUUUAAUUUUGCCCAUCCCAAAGAUCACGAUGAGCUAAGAAAAAACCUCAAGUAUCAUGAUGAAACAUCAAACAGCGGCACCACUGAUACUAAUGAUCCUUUACUGAAUAGUGAUGGAAAUUUUAAAAUACAACGUAGAACAUUUUAUUUACGGUUGGUCAAAAAAGUGGUUUCUCGUGAUGAACAACCAGAGGUGGAGCUGGUACAUGUGAUGGGAACGUUAAUGGUUCAAAAAUCCGAUUCAAAAAAUUCUGAAGUCACUGAAAAUGAUAUAGUUUUAAAUGCAGUUGUCAGGCCAUUCAAUGAACGACGUGUGACUGAAGUAUCAAUGUUAGAAGCAACUCGCGAAGAAUACAUAACUAGACAUCAAAUUGAUGGCCGUAUAAUAUAUGUUGAUCAUAGAAUUUCGAUUGUAUCUGGAUUCAUGCCUCAAGAAGUAUCUGGACAACUGGCAUUCAAAUAUAUGCAUAAAGAUGAUGUACGUUGGGUGAUGAUUGCACUAAGACAAAUGUAUUUUAAGGGUCAAAGUUUUGGCAGUAGUUGCUAUAGAUUGUUGUCAAAAAAUGGAGAAUUUGUGUAUAUGCGAACACAUGGUUUCUUACAAUUGAAUCCAAUUGAGGAUACAAUUGAAUCAUUCAUUUGUGUUAAUACUUUGGUGUCCCCAGAAGAAGGUAAAAGAGAAUUAAUUGAAAUGAAAAAACGGUUUACACCAUUAAUAGUCGCUGCAUCUGAACCUGGAAUUGCUGCAAUAACUAAUAAUCAAUUUAUGGAAAAAGAAUCUACUGUGACAUUGGAAGAUGUUACUGAAGAUCUUAAAACACUGGACAAAGUGGUCGAACAAAUGAUUAUAAAUAUUCCUGAACCGGCAAUGGACAAUUUUAAAGUUACUGCACAGAAUCCUGGACCUUUGCCAGAUAACGAGGAGUAUAUGAGGGUUGCACUAUUGUCCAAGUCAAUACCUCCAGUUUCAGUAGCAUCUAAUGCACCAAAAAUUUAUAAACGAUCAUCUCUAUCCCCUCAGCCUAAUGUUGUUAAGCCAGUAACUCAGGAUCGGCCAUCUGUACUCCGAGUUGCCCCGCCAAUUUCUCGACAACCUGUUCUAGUUUACAAUCAUCCAACUUAUGAUAAAACUACAGAGAAAGAUCGAGCUUAUUUAGAGCGUAGGGGUGGCAUAUUUGUCAUACCCAAAAGACAAAAUGAUUCACAAUCAAUAGAUAACUUACCAAAAAAAGCAAAAAUUGUGUUAGAGACACAAGUUGAAUCACCUGCCAGUAGCAAUUACAGCAACCAAACAGAUUCACUAUCUGACAAUCAGCUAAGCACUUUAGGAUGUAUUGACAAUUUUUCUAACUUUCAAGCUACUCCAAUACAACUAAUUUCACACAGCAUCGAUGAACACAAUGAUAUUGAUCCUUUAAUUGCUGAUGUGACGGAUAUUGAUCAUUUCACGAAAACAAUUGGCGAUGAUAACUCUUUGUUCAUGGGACCAGAUAGUUAUAAUUCAUAUGUUACUGGUAUUUAUGAUGAUGUAAAUCCAAUAGAUAUCAUUCAAGAUCCUCUAAUUCAUGUCCUACAACAUAACAGGAGUUUAGAAAGUGCAUUGCUUGAGAAAAAGCAGAACACACUUAAGACAAAAAUGGACCAACAACAAGGUCAGCUGAAAGAAAUCCAAACCGAGUUAAAUUCACUUUCUUCAAAUGCCAACACUCAUUUUCUAGCUACAGAUUUUUCUCACUUAAAGGCUGAACAUGAGCAUCAACAACAAGUGUUACGUGAACUACAAGGAGUACAUAAAAACAUUGGAGUGUGAUUAUCAAUACAAUAUUAUGUUACCUAAUAUUUCACUUGAGGCAUAUAAUUGGCGUAAUAUAUUUCCGUUCUUAUGAUAAUGCUUUCUUGAUAAAUACAAACUAAAUAUAUAGAACAUCAUAACCAAUUCAAAACUGUAAAUUGUAAACUACUUGUUAAUUUGUAUUUAUAUAUAUAUUUAUUUUUUCUUUCAACUUAAAUUUAUUUAGUGUCAUUUGUCUUAUUCCUAAGGUAUCUAUCUGUUAUAGUUAUAGUUAUUAUUACUAUUAUUAUUAUUAUUAUUAUUAUUAUCGUUACCUAGUAUUUGUAUGACAUUACUAUAAAGUAGUUACAAAGACUCCUAAUUUUCUUUACCUUUUGUUGUUUUAUUUUAUAUUCUUUUAUAUGGCUGAUGCUCAAAGAAUUGAAUAGUGACUGACUCGUGUUCAUUAUUAUACAUAAAAAAUGUAAUAUUUUAAUAAAGUUAUCAACAAAUCCAAAAUAUAUUUUUAUAACAUCGUAAACAACAAUUGUUCAAUAUACCACUGGAAUAGGUGGUAAAAACUAUUAACAAUUAAAAAAAAAAAUUUUAUCAGUGCCAUGAGUUUCCCCAAUGUCAACAUGAAAUGAUCUUAAAAUUGUAUGUUACCACAAUAUCAUCCUUUCCAUGUAUAAUUUUAAAUAUACUGUAUUUACUAUAUUAGAUUUGUAACAUGUUAGUAAUAAAUGUAAUAAACUAUUUUGUAUCUUUAAAAAUUUGAUAAUAUAUACUAGGAGUGUGUGUGUAUGUGAGUAUUACAUAUAUUAUAUAUAAGUGUUCUAUAAAUUAUAAUUUGCCCUUAUUAUAUUGAGCAUUUUAAUACAAAAUGAAUUAAUAAUUUAUGUCCAAUGAUUUUUAUAAAUAUUAUAUUACAUAUUAUAUUUUUUUUUUAAUUAUUAUUUUAAUAUAACUAUUAUUAUUUUUA